AUGCCUGUCGCUCUACUGAUCAUUCUCAUUGGCUUGUUAGAGAUUAUUUACUCAUCGAAGCUAAUGCCAUAUGAUCCUAGGCUCCUCAGCGGCAUCUACUGUAUCGAAGAGACGGCAUGUAGCCCUCUCAAUGACGACUACGCUACGCAGCUCGAAUCGUGGCAACAAACUCCGUCAUAUGCCCCCACUACAGGGAAUUUCGGCUUCGAUACGCUAUCCUUUCGUAACCCCUCCCCUGUGCGUAUAUCUCCGGAACACUCCACGCCAUUGCCUGAACUCCUGUGUAGGCAAGUCAGCCUCUCUCACAACGCUGACUGGGAUAACGAGGGUAUAUUAUACAUCAUUGAAUGGAAAGUAACUAUCAAUAACCGGGUUGUGUCGAAAGACACUGAACAAGAUCUGGAGCUGAAGCCACGUUUCUACUGGCAAGCAAUCACCGAGAAGGCCAAAAAGAUCAUAGACCGGAAGACGAACUCCAACCAACGCGUGAGACUAGAUAAUACUAAGAUCGUGGUUUCUGUGAAUGAUCGUAGAUAUCGCGACCUCAUUAAACAAUUUGAAUAUACUGAUGUCGAUUGGACUGCUAUAGAGAAGCAACUUCUGGUGUGGAGAGCGCUUUUCCAUGCAGGGAAAGAGUUAAGGCUUUCCAUAACUAUCAACUACUUGGAGGACAGUACCCUAUCUCCUUCUCGAACGGAUAAAAGAGGACCAACAUCGACAACAACGAGAAUGCUAGGGGAACGGGAAGUCCAAAUGGAAGCGGAACGCUCUUCUGGGCAGCCUGCUGCCUGGUGGGAUGUGUAA